GCCCUUGUCCAUCUGGUCCCCUGGCCACUACUCCUAGCGACACCCCUCGCAGCAGCUGUGUCCUGGGCGGCCUCACCCCUAGCAACAAGCACUGGUAAAAUAGGUCCCUAACAGCUGCUCCUGGGCACUGUUCCCCUGGAAACAAGCCCCCAGUGCAACCACCCCAAGGCAGCCAGUUCCCAUGGCAACAACCCCCCUAGCAACCACCCUGGGAAUCCAGUACCCUGGCAACAUCGUGCCCUAGCAACCAGCCCCCACCCCAGCCCCAGGCCCAGACACCGGCAUGCGCCCAGGGCUCCCAGCCGUGCAGGCCGCGCCACCUGGGAGCCGUGGGCAGGAAGCCGCCCCCGCGCAGCUGCCAGGCUGUUUACUGCCUGCCUGGCCCGGCACCCCUGGGGACUGGCCCGGAAAUGGGGCCGGCGGGGCAAGGGCCAAGCUGGGCCCUGGGGGCCGCGCAUCCACCUCAGCACACCUAUCCCAGCGGGGGGAAGUGUAGCCACCCCGUGACCCCCGCCAGCUGCGUCCCAGCCCCAGGGACCUGCUGCUGAGAACGUCACGCUCCAGAGCGCCCCGCUCGCGCCUGGGCAUCGCUGCGUCCCGCCCUGCGCCCCACCCGGGCAGAGGGACGCCAUGGCGCCCGCCGUGCGCUGCCUCCCGCUGCUGCUCCUGCCCCUGUUCCUGGCACCGGGGGGCUGGGGGAGCCCCAGGGCCCACGGCACGGCCCCCCAGGAGGCAGCCACGCGGGUGAACGUCACAGAGUCGGGCACGGCCGUGCUGCCCUGCCAGGGCCCCGGGGACCGGGACACAGAGGCCCUGCAGCCGCCCUCCCUGCGCUGGCAGGGCCCAGGGGGCCGCGAGCUGCUGCAGCUCAAUGUGACGAGGGGCCAGGGGCUGCAGGAUGUGCGGCUCGGGGCCUGGGGGGCCCUGUGGCUGCCCAACGUCUCUGCCGCAGACGCCGGCAUCUACCGCUGCCAGCAGGGCUCGAACCCAGGCAGGAACCAGCCGGGCGCAGGCCUCCUGCUGCUCAACGUCGCAGAGAGCAAGGAGCUGUUUAUGGCCGGGGCGCUGGGUGCCCAGGUCCGGCUGCCCUGCCAGGCCAACCUGAGCAGAGAGCACCCGCAAUCCCACAAGCUCAGACAUCUGUGGUACCGGGGCCGGGUCUGGGGCCGGGACAAGUCGUUGAUGCUGCCGUCCAACCUGUACCGUUUGGAGGGCACGGACCUGCUGAUCAAGGACCUGAAGGCGGAGCAGGCCGGCUGGUACAGCUGCUGGAGCAGCGCCUGGCUGGUGCACCUCACUGUGGGGGACGCCCAGAACCUGACGGUGCCGGCGGGGGCCCCCACCCACCUGCCCUGCCUGGACCCCGCGGCCCUGCCCAGCGGCUGGACCCAUGCCCAUCUGUCCUGGUGGCGGGAGAUGCUGAACAGGUCCCUAGUCAUGGAGAUGGCAGCCCGGCGGGACCCGCGCUACGGGCUGCGGCUGGACAGGGGCGUGGGGGCCGGCCUGGUCCUGCCCAAGGCAGAGCCAGGCGACGCCGGGACCUACAAGUGCUCCAGGGGUGGCUGGAGCACGCAGGUGGAGCUGGCCGUGCUGCGCCUCCCAGCCUGGUGGCGGCGCCUGGGCCGCCAGCACUGGGUCAUAGGGGGCACAGGGCUGGCCUACCUCGUCCUCGGCCUGGUUGUCCUGCUCGUCUCCUGCCGGGUCCGGAGAGCCCUGCGCAGCCGACGGCAAGGCAGACGUCUCGGGGACCGGGCCAAGAGGAGGUUUUUCAAGGUGGCCGGGAACGGGGCGCCUGCCCCCUCCCACUACGGGAACAUCCUGCCCCCCCCGGGAGCUGCCAAGGGACAGGCGGAGGCAGCCCCCUACGAGAACAUGGCGCCAUCAGCGGGGGGCCGAGGGGAGCCACGGACCUUGGAGGGCCCCGUGAGCCCCGCGGAGGUGGACGAGGAGGAAGAGGAGGAGGGCUACGAGCACCCUGACAGCGACGACGGCUCUGCCGACAGCGCCUGCUACGAGAACAGCACGGAGGAGGCCAAGGCCAAUGAGAGCUGGAGCACUGCUGCAUCCCAGUACGCGAACACCCGCAAGGGACGCGCUGCCCCAGACCCCGACUCAGAAGACGUGUACGAGAACCCCCAGGAGACGGACGCCGCCCCGCUGAGCCCCGGCGCUGCCCGGCUGGUGACAGACCUGCGGAUGCUGCUGCUGGGGGUCGCCGAGGAGCAGGCCCCGGAUCGGGACCACCGGCAGGACGGGCGCAGCGACGGCUCAGCAGGUGAGGGGGGCAGGGCAGUUUGGAGAGGCGCCGGGAGGCUCCCCAAAUCCUCUGACUGUCCCUGUGACCCGCAGGCUCCCAGCCCUACGAAGACAUGGCUGGGGGGGUGCUGUACGCGGCUCCCGCCCGGCACCCCCGCCUGCUCCUCGACCGUGCUUGUGAAGAAGAUGCCGACUCCUACGAAAAUAUGGAGGGGGGCCCAGAGCCCACACGUGGAGAUGCUGCCCCGAGAGUCUCUGUCCGCACCCGAUCGGCCGAGCUACAAACAGAGACGGCCUUUCCGUGCCACGUGUGGGGGUUGUACCCAGAGGACAUCACUGCCACGUGGCUGAGACGGAGAGCCUCAGACGGUCUCGAGGCACAGCGCACUACCGAGAUGGGACUUUCGGCCUCACCGUGACCUAUGCCUUCGCCCCGAACUGGUGGAACAUGGGCAGCAAGUUCUCCUGCCGCGUGGAGCACGAGGCCCUAGCACAGCCGCUGCAGGAGGAGUUCUCCCUCUCUGUGACUUGUAUGUCAGCACAAUUCGGGGAGGGGGCAACAGACAUCUACAUCCCCUUGGGGACUCUGCGUGUCCUGCCCUGCCCAUGCCCUGCUGGUGUCCCAGAGUUUCAUAGUUGGUUGGUUGGAAGGGACCUGAGCAGAUCAUCAAGUCCGACCCCCUGCCCUGGCAGGAAACAGCACUGGGGUCAAACGACCCUGGCCAGGUGUUCAUCCAGCCUCCUCUUAAAGACCCCCAGGGUAGGAGCCAGCACCACUGCUCUUGGAAGUUGGUUCCAGCUCCUAGCCGCCCUGACAGUGAAGUCACGCCUCCUGAUGUCUAGUCUGAAUCUGCCCUCUGCCAGCUUGUCACCGUUAUUUCUUGUCACUCCUGGUAAUGCUCGGGGGAACAGGGACUCCCCCAAUGCCUGCUGGUCCCCCUGACUAGUUUGUAAAGGGCCACUAGAUCCCCCCUCAGCCUUCUCUUGUGGAGGCUGAACAGGUUCAGGUCCCGUUGCCUCUUCUCGUAGGGCCUGCCCUGCUGCCCCCGGAUCAUGCAGGUGGCCUCCUCUGCACCCUCUCCAUGCUGGCCACAUCCCUCCUGACGUGCGGCGCCCAGACCUGGACGCAGGACUCCAGCUGCGGCCUGACCAGUGCCGCUUGUGGGGGGAGGAUCACCUCCUUGGACCUGCUAUGGAUGCAUGACAAGGUGUGGUUGGCCUUCCUGACCGCGUCCCCACACUGUCGGCCCAUGUUCAUCUUGGCAUCAAUAAUGACUCUCAAAUCCUUUUCUGCCUCUGCACUGACGAGAAGGGAGUUCCCCAGCCUGUAGGUCUGCUGCUGGGUCUUCCCCUGCAAGUGCAGCACCUUGCACGUGUCAGUGUUGAACCCAUCCUGUUCUCACCCGCCCACCCCUGUAACCUGUCUAGGUCUGAUUGGAGCCUAUUCCUCCCUUCUAGCGCGCCCACUUCCCCCCACAUCUUAGUGUCAUCUGCAGAUUUGAACAGGGUGCUUUUUACCCCCUCGUCCAAGUCGCUGUUGAAGAUGUUGUACAGCGCGGGCCCGAGGACCGAGCCCUGGGGGACCCCACUGCCCACAUCCCUCCAGGUCGAAAAUGACCCAUCUACCACCAUCCACGAAAAUGAUCCUUCCACCCCCAUGGACAGAGCACCCCCACCGAGGGGCUGGGAGAGCCAGGGGCCCUGGCCAACGGUGACUCGACCGGAUAGCGAGGGGAAGAGGUGACACAGCAGGGAAAGAUGAAGGGUAAACGGGGCAGGGGCUGGAAGAGAGAAGCCAGCAGAGAGCAAGGGCAGCUACAACCUGCUGGGGGUGGGGGGGCGCAGCACCCAGCCCAGAUGUGUCUCCUGCAUAAUCCCACGCUAACUGCACGCCUCACCCUGCCCCCAGCCAGGGAACUGCACUACUGAGUCUCAGAUGUGCAAGGGCUGGCAGAGGUGUGUCAGGGCAGGAGGUGAUCCUAAGCUGCUCCAUGGAGGGGACCUUCCCCAAGGACACGGCUGUGAUGCGGGAGUGGAUACAGGGCAAGGACACAACAGCGAUCAAGAACAGCAGGGCUGGAGAGGGACCCCAGCGCUAGAGAACAGCACGGCUCCAGUCCCAGGGGGUCCCGAUGUCACUUCUGACCUUCAACCCCACGGCGCGGGGCGACGAGGCGCGGGUCCGGUGCUGCUUCUGUCACAAGGCCCAGGGGAUCCAAGAGGAGCGUGAGCCUGAGCCCAUCUGGGUGCAGGCGAAGCCCAGCGCCUAGCACCGUGAGCGCCAGGCAAGGGGCCUGGGCUGAGGUGCAGAAGUGCUGUAAGCAGGAGGCCCCGAGCCUGUUUCUGGGGAACCGCGGUGUGAACCUUUGCAGAUGUGACAGCGAUCUUGUCAGCAAGUGAAGGAAGCCAUCACGCGCAAGGAAACAAGCACGAGGCCUGAACGGAGAUGAGGGAAGACCAUACAAUAAAACAUCCAUAUAGGCUGUAUCGUAGCUUUAUCUUCAAGCAGUGAUAGCAGUCGUGAUUUAUGUAACCACCUGUAUUAGAUGUUACUUCGCUAGCAUAGAUACAUUUUUGUGAAAAUGCUUAGCUGAUUUCUAAAAAAACCCCAGUCUAUCAGACAGGAACGGGAAGUCAGGUAGCGGAAACAGGACCAGCGAUCCACAAUGGAGAGGAAAGGAGACAAGAAACCCUCCCUCGCUCCCUGGGAUAGAAAUCCCACCUAAGCGACACUUUCCCAGUCCACCGCACAUCUGGGUCAGUCCGGUGCCAAACGUUUCAGUGAAACAAAGAAAUGGAGAUAAAUGCAACCAGGGAUCAGUUACUGGAACAUGCGGGGAGGGAAAUUCGGAGGACUCAGCAACUUGAAGAAGACCUGGUGCCAGUCUGUGGGUGUCUCCUGCCCGCUCUCAAGCCCCCGCAGCCAGGACAGGGGCGAACCCGCGUGUGCUGUCGGGCAGGCGGGCUGAUUUUGGGAUAAAUAUUUGUUCUCAUGUUUUCAGCGGCAAGCAAAUGAAAGGUCAGGCUGCA